AUGAUAUAUGGACGCUUGCAGGUUGAGCCGCCCUCCACGGACGAGGCUCUACCUCCCUAUCUCCAACAGGCGGAUCUCAACCCCAAUAACAGAUUCUCACGACUCAAUGGGCGGCUCAGCGUCUCAGAUAGCUCCAUCCAGCAGAAGGCUUUCGACACUGUGCGGUUAUGCUUCAGAGGGGUCAUUCUCUCGUCCGUAGGCUCCAAGAAUGCUGUUGAAGACAUCAUUACCUUGACCGACAUCAAGUCCAUCUCAGAAUUUGGUCGCAGCGCCCCGACCGAGCCAAAUGCAAAUGAUCGGGCGUGUCAUGCCGGCUUCUACUUUGAACUUCCAACCAAUGCCCUCACCGGCCAGGGGAAGGUGCGUGCCCUUCCUCUCACGACAAACAUCUCUGGCACGACGAGGUUGAAUCAGAGCACAACCGUAAACGACAACCGCGCAAUUCCCGGUGAAUGCGAGGUCUCGUACUGGAUCGAAGCACAGUUUCGUUUAAGUGGUCGGCAAGUCGGUUACCUGAGUGAGCAGGUCAAAAUCUCGUCCUUAUACCCUCGCUUGGUCGCAUCCUUGUCCCAGGGUCUGCCGCUCACGUUGGCGGCAAAACCAGAUCUGCUCUCACGAUGCCGAAUGCAGAAAAGUCCGGACCUGUCCGUCACACUGUAUGAACCGGAUAUGCUCAUCGAGCGAAGCCGGCAGUCGGCAAAGCGACGCGUGAUUCUUCCGAUAGCCGUGACCAUUGACAGUCAACAACAUUCCGCGGGCACCAAGUCAAUCGAUUCGCGGCAGUCAAUCAAAUGCACUGCUGCCGUCAAGUGGGAAGUAGAUACUCGCUUCUCGGUUGGGUCGGUCCAUACCAGUAGCAAGCGGUCGAAGCCAGGUGAGACGGUGCAGAAAACCACGACUGCUUCCACGCAGAAAGAAGCCAUUCUCUUUCGGCCUCUUCCAUCAUACGACGGUCAAGCAGCACUAGGCAGCAGACAUGCAAACCCAGCGUCUUAUAUCGCCACAUCGCAGCUCGACCUGGAUGUCCCGGAUGCAGUCUCUCAGCCGUCCCUGAACUGCUGGGCGCAGCUGUCGAGAACCUAUUACCUUGACAUUUCGCUGAGCUUUCACGGUCUCCAAGGCGCGCCGAAGUACAGUGUUCAUAGUAAGAUCCCACUCCUGGUGUCAGCGAUCGGACGUAGGCCCGAAGAUGUCUUAAAGGAGGAUAUCACCAUCGAUGUUGCGGAGAUGAGCGACGAUGGAGACAGCACGGACAGUGUGGAUAGCAACCUGGUUCCAGAAACCGACCAGGCACCAUGUGAAGGACAGCGAACGCCCGCCAGAAGAACGACACCGCCGCCGCCGUAUUUCCGAUGA